UCAGAUCAGGCUGUGAUUGGUGGAAAGUGUUUGAAACGCGCACGCGCUCUGCACUAGCAGCCAGGCAGUUCGUUGAGAGCGAAAGCAGCGCGAGCUCGGGGGGGUGCACUGCAUAGGAGAAGGCGUUUUCUCAGGACGGUAGCAGUAGCCCACCCGUUUUGUGAUAUGGAGAAUUUGGAGGAGGACUUGACAUGCUCUGUAUGCUAUUCCCUCUUUAACGAUCCACGAGUACUUCCCUGCUCCCACACCUUCUGCAGAGCAUGUCUGGACAGUGUGCUCCAGGUGUCCACUAAUUUCUCCAUCUGGCGCCCACUUCGCCUGCCACUCAAGUGUCCCAAUUGCCGUAGCAUGGUGGAACUUCCACCUAAUGGCGUGGAAGGUCUGCCGAUUAAUGUCUGUCUGCGCGCAAUCAUAGAGAAGUACCAGCGUGAUAAUCAGCCGAGAGAUCCUUCCUGCCCUGAGCACCAUCGCCAGCCGCUGAAUGUCUACUGCGUUCAGGACUGCAAGCUCAUAUGUGGCUUGUGCCUCACUAUCGGUCAGCAUCAAGGCCACACCAUUGAUGAUCUGCAGACAGCGUACGUCAAAGAGCGCAAUACUCCAGCCAGACUAGUCGAGUGCCUCACGGACAAGCGCUGGGAAGAAGUCUGUGGCCUGGUGGACAAGUUAGAACAGGAAAAAUCUCGACAUGAAGGUCUGAUAAAGCAAGACCGUGAAGCUGUUACGCAAUACUUCCAAGGCCUGGAGUGGCUUCUUGAGCAAAAGAAGGAUGCAUUCAUGAAAGCUCUGGACAAGGCCAAUGGACAGCUGGCUUGUACUUAUAAACCACUCAUCGAGAAGCUUAAGGAUAUGAAGGAGGAGCAGCUAGAGCUCAUCUCCAUCAUCUCAAGCAUCAGUGACGAUGAAUCCCCUCUUGUUUUCCUAGAGAAGGUGCACCACUUGAGGGAGAGGAUCGAUGCCUUGACCCAGACAGAGCUGCCUGAAGUUCCCACCCUACACAUCUCACCCCGUUUAGAGGAGUUCCUCAAGAAACACUGGAUUAACGUGACGCUUGGAAGACUGGAAGAUGGUCCAGUUCCAAAAAUCUCCUGUGAUGUGAAGAGACAUUCUAACAAAAAGCCACAAUCCGCAUUAGCUCAUAAGUGGACGUUCAAGUCUUUGACUAUUGUGGCUUUUCUAUUGCUGCUGCUGCUGUUUCUGCUUUUCUGGUUAAAUCCACUUAGUGGAGCAUCUCUUGGUUUCUCCAGUCUCUCACAGAUUAGUCAAAUAGUCACGAGUCUAGCUCAUGAACUUUCUUUACCAGCUCAUGGCUCAGGGAAUUUUCUGUACUGCCUGUUUCAUGAUCUUAGCCUUAAAUUGAAUUCUUAUAUUUCAGCUGUAGGAGAGAGCACCUAUCAACAUGUGGCCUUCUUUUUUAAAACAUUACGGUUAUGCUAAGUCACUGUGCAACCAGAAGCUGUGCUGUGCUGUUUUACUUGGACAUUUACGUGUGUAUCACGCCAAGCAGAAAAGUUCAGUCAUGCAUCACUUGUCAGCUAGACAGAGCACAGCUUGCUGCAAACCACACUGUAGCAGUUAAUACUCCUGUUCAGUGAUGAAAGGGAAACAGCAAGAAUCUAAUUCACUAGAAAUGACAUUUCAUGUUUCUUCUGGUAACUUAUCAAACUAAUAUUUUAUAACACAAUACUACCGUUUUGUUUCUACUUUCUAAUUCCUAACGUUUUUCUACUGAAAUUUUAAUACCUUGUCUGUCUAAUCUGUCAGGUUUUUACUUCAAUGAAUAAUUAUCCAGAAACAUUUUGGACUGUUUUAUUCCCCCCCCAACAAUUUUAGAAAUGAAACUGUUAAGCCAGAGGCAAGAGAUGCACUUGUUAAAAGUAAUAUUCAUUAUGUAUUGCAGAUAUCGAUGAUUAUUUACACACAGACAGUGCAGCGUGAGAUGUACACUAUGUCCAACUCACCAAACUACUAGAUAUACAGAGUCCAGAAGGACAGCCUUUUUGCUUAAUCUAAAGAAAUAGGUGCCCAAUUGUGAAGUUCAAACGUGUUUGUUGACUGCAGAGCUGUUUCAUCACUGCAUGAAGGGAGAACAAUGCUGCUGUGCUGUUCAGAGGCGCCAACUAAGGGUGGGCUAUAUAAUAACAAAAAGAACAAUAAUUAUAGACAUUUCUACAAUAUAAAAAGUGCAUCAUGGUAGAGGUUUACUACCUCUACUACUACUACUACUAUUUCAGCUACCACCAAAAUAUUGGGUGUUGUAUUAAAAAAAACCCCGUAUGCAAACAAUAAAGCACAAUAAUAUAUAUCUAUAUUUUUUGAAGGUUCAUUACAAAGUUUAUAUACAAAUCUGCUGUAUCUAAUUAGAGUAAUUGCCUUUUAAUAAUUGCCACAAUUUCUGUAGUAUAAGUGUAUUUUAUAUUUAAUUUCUUAUUUUAGCCCUAGUACCAACAUCUACAGUUUAGUGAAGUUUGUUCACAAGUUCACCCUGUACAAAGUGAAAAGGACAUAGACUCUGAAAGACAUUUAUUAACGUUCAAGUCCUUUUUCUUUGCUCAGAGUUCACACAUUCGAAG